CAGUUCGACUUUCGACGCGCUGCCAGAAACAUCGUGAGCGCCGCUUAUCCCAAAAAAAACAUAUAUAAAUUCCCGACCGAUCCCAGGAAUAACUGACGCAAUGAGCGCCGUUGAUGCUAUAAUCAAUUACAAGCGCAGUCCCAACGAGGACUUCUACGGUCUGCUCCAUUGCGAUGAGAACUCAUCGCCCGAGCAGAUCCAGGCCGAGUACAAAGUCCUGGCCCUUCAGUACCAUCCCGACAAGAACUCCGGCGACAAGGAGGCGGAGGCCAAGUUCCAGCAGUUAAAGGAGGCCAAGGAAACCUUGUGCGAUCCCGAAAAGAGGGCCAUCUACGACAAGUGGCGCAACAGCGGCAUCUCGAUGAGCUACAAACAGUGGCUGGGCAUGAAGGAGCAUGUCGGUCAGGUGAGAAGAUACACGAUUGCCGAGAAAGUGGAUAAAGAGUCCAUGCACUGGGUAACACCCAAGACCAAGGAUCGCAUGCUGCCCGAGACCGGUGGAGCAGCUGCCCAGGGACCUGGAACCGGUGCAGGAUGCAGCAGCGGUGGCCUGACCGCAGCAUCCCCCAAUCCCGCCCACCGGCGGGCCUCGGAGGGCGGGGCGGCCUUGUACUACGGGAGUCGCAAGGGCGAGUGGGGCGGCGAGAACACCGAUGUGGCCAACAAGUUCCGCAACUACGAGAUCUAAGAGGGUCGUCGGCCACAUAUAGAUGUUUCAAUUUUAAAAAUAUUUCAAGUCAAACCGAUGAGCGAGCAGGAGGAGUUGGGUGUCUAUCCCGAAAGUUAUGCAAUUAUAUCAAAAUAUUCUGAAAGGGAAACAAAGUUUAUUAUCGAUGUGUAACUUAAGCGUUGCGAACCACAGAGCACAGAUACUCUUAUAUAGAUGUUUAUAGGUGUACAAAUAAAAAAUAUAUAGAAAAAUGGUAAUUAACUAACGUAUAUUUAAGUGAAAGAAACUGUAAUUUCAAUAAACUCCCCCGAUGAAAAAUCCCAGGCGGAGCGGCAAGAAUUUUAAGUUGAAGUAAUUAGUCAAAUUUUAUCGCAGUCAUGCAUAUAUGAAUAUACACACCAUAUACUAUAUAUAUAUUUAUGUAAUCAGUGUAUUUGUAUAUCGAUGUUUCAAGUACCAUGAAUGUACCAAGACAAUCCCUUGGCAGCAAACAAAACUAAACUAAAGCUAAUGCUAAAGCUGUAACUGAAACUAAACUAUUACUUAACUGGUGACAGUCUAGCGAUUCACCCACCACGAGCCAGAAAAUGAGAACAUAUUGAAAGACAUGGCAAAGCGAAUUUAAACCUCUAUACACACGACACAUUUGCAUAGUCAAAAAAAGUAAAUCUCACUCGGUGUCCUUUUUAAAUGCAACAUUGCGAAAAGCUCCACUGAACUGUUUUCCCUACCUGAAAAAUCAUUUUCGCAGAAAAUCAACAAAAAAAAAAAAAAAUGUGACAAAAUAUCAAAGAAAAAUCAAACAAAAAAAAAGUGCAGAGUUUAUAUAAAUGUUUUGAUGGAUAGAGCGGUGAACUUUUCAACUUAUACAUAUAGCAGAGAUUAUUGUCAUUAUUAUUGUACUAUUAUGCGCAGCGCAGAGAAAUAAUUACUACAUAAAUGUUGUUGCUGGAUUUAAAUGCAUUACUUAUACAACUACAUAUGAAAAUUGUUUUAAGACAUACUCUAUUGAAUUUAUUCAAAUACACACAUAUUGCGGAUAGAGCAGACCAGAUCCAGAUCAAAUCGGAACAGAAAGGGAGGAACAGCUGCAAGCCAAAGGCGUGACCCCGCGACCCCCGACCCCUUAGAAGGGGCGGUGGGCGGGGCUCCAGCUAGUACUAGCAAUUACACAUUAAUUAGUGUUGGUUCUAACUUAGCUGGCGAAUGUUACACGCAGCGAGCGAUCAGAUCACAAAUAAAUCAAAUUUUUGAAAGGGGUUCCCACUCCUGGCGGAACCUCAGGUAUUC